CCAAGCUCAGAAAACUCGACUCUCCCGAAGCUCAGCUGCAGUCCACCACUCAGUACUCACCGGGAAGGGAAAUUCCGCUCAAUACCGCUCACUCUUUCAGUCUGACCGAAAACCCCACUUCCUUGUCUGUUUCUUAUUUUCUCUCUCUCUCUCUCUCUCUCUAGAUAAUAUACUUCGAAGGAGGAGAAGAAACGGCUCUCAAUCAAAUGUCUCUGAACAGUUAUAAACCCACCGCCAUUUUCUUAAGUAAGCUGUCUACUCGUUCAUGGAGCAUGGUUCUUGCCGUCUUUCUAUGCAUUAUAGGGCUCUACGCAUUAAACCAUUCACACUCAAAGAAACCCAUUCGAGGUGUCCUAAAUGACAGUCGAUUUCAACAAAUUUUCCUCGAUUCCUCCUCCAAUUACACCCUCUCCUCCUACCUCCGCGCCCUCACUCUUCACCCACACCUCGCUGGUACUCAAGCAUCCCUUCAAACGAAGCAGUACGUGGAAACCCAUUUCAAGGACUGUGGUCUUCAGACCCACACAUCAGAGUUCGAAGCACUACUGUCAUACCCUGUGCACUGCUCACUCUCAGUGCAUUACAGGAACGGCUCGUCGAAGGAUCUCCAGUUGACCGAGCCUGGUCAGGCGGGUCGCGUUGUGAUGCCAUACCAUGCCUACUCACCAUCCGGAUCGGCCUUUGCGAAGGCUGUCUUCGUGAACUACGGGAGGGAUGAGGAUUAUGUUGCUGUGGCGGCGCUGGGAGUGAACGUUAGCGAGUGCGUUGUGAUUGCGAGGCGUGGGGAGAUGUCCAGGGGAAUAGUGGUGGAGAAAGCAGCGGAGAAAGGUGCGGUGGCGGUGCUAUUGUACACCGAAGGGGACUUGUUUGGUGGGGUGGAAAGAGGGACUGUGAUGACUGGGUUAGGAGAUCCUCUGACACCUGGUUGGGCGAGUGUUAACGGUGGCGAGAAGCUUGGCUUGGAGGAGAGAGAGGUGACGGAGAGGUUUCCCAGGAUUCCUUCGAUGCCCAUCUCUGCAGAGAACGCCGAGAUGAUUCUGAGGUCGCUUGAAGGACCAAGGUUUCCCUAUGAGUGGAGGAAGGAUUUACAGCGAUCCAAAGUCGGCCGGGUUGGUCCCGGUCCGACUUUUCUCAACUUCACUUACCAGGAGGAGAAAAAGAUGGUUACAAUCCACAAUAUCUUUGCAGUCAUAAAGGGCUGGGAAGAGCCUGACCGCUAUGUGCUUCUAGGAAACCAUAGGGAUGCAUGGACAUAUGGUGCUGUUGACCCCAAUAGUGGAACUGCAGCUCUACUUGACAUUGCCAGGCGAUAUGCCCUUCUUAUGCACUCAGGGUGGACCCCAAGGAGGACCAUUAUUCUGUGCAGCUGGGAUGCAGAAGAAUUUGGAAUGGUUGGAUCUACAGAGUGGGUUGAGCAAAACCUUCUGAAUCUGGGCUCCAAAGCUGUAGCUUACCUUAAUGUUGAUUGUGCAGUGCAAGGACCAGGAUUCUUUGCACGGUCAACUCCCCAGCUGGACAAUCUUCUCACGGCUGUUACAAAGAAGGUCAAGGAUCCUGAUUCUGAGGGAAUGACGGUAUAUCAGACUUGGGCUGCUACAGAAGAAGGAAUUUAUAUCCAAAGGCUCAGUGCAGUGGAUUCCGAUUUUGCCCCGUUUUUGCAUCAUGCGGGGAUUCCUUCUACUGAUCUGUACUAUGGAAAAGAUUUUCCAGUAUAUCAUACUGCUUUUGACUCCUAUGACUGGAUGAUGCAAUAUGGUGAUCCAUCAUUUCACCGUCAUGUGUCUGUUUCUGGAAUUUGGGGACUUUUAGCUCUUCAACUGGCUGGUGAUCCAAUCCUUCCUUUCGACUACGUCUCCUAUGCUGCUCAGUUGCAGGAUUAUGCAAGUUCUUUGAGCAAAUUGGUAGAUGAUGGCACAUCUCUACAUGCCAUAACUACAUCCAUUCAAGGACUUGCUGCUGUUGCUGAAAAAAUGGAAGAGGAAGCAAAGAAAUUAAGAGAGCAAGAGACCAUAGAUGACCUGUUGGAGUUGAAGAGGCAUUCAUUGAAUGACCGUCUAAUGCUUGCAGAAAGGGGCUUCCUGGAUGCAGAGGGUCUUCCAGGACGCCCAUGGUUCAAGCAUUUGGUUUAUGGACCUCUCAGUGAUGAUGAAAGCAAGCUGGUUUUCUUUCCUGGAGUUGCCAAUGCUAUAACUCAGGCUGCAAGAAUGCCAAAGAAACAAGGUCAAUCAGCAAUUCAAAAUGAGAUAUGGAGGGUUGCUAGAGCCAUUCAAAGGGCUGCCGAUGCUCUUAAAGGAGAACUCAUUUGAAGGAUG